GAACAGAGUCCGGACGUCUUCUGAGGAUUUCUACUGAUGAAGUCCAGAGAUGUGAUUAGUUGGAGAUGAAAGAGAGAGCGAGUGAGUGAGUUGACGAGCUGAAGCUGAAAACUUCGCCUUUCAGCUGGAAGAUCUCCCAGCUGAGGAUCACUGACGUCUCCGAGCUGCAGAGGGCAGCAGCUCACCGGCAGAACCAGGAGCAGGAAACCAGAGGAGGGUUCAGCUUCAAACCUGCUGAGCAGGAAGAGAAUCUCUUCAAAAUCUGGCUUUUGUUGAGAGGAGAACCUGACCUGGAGAAAAACACAAUGUUAACAGAGAUAGUGGAGGAUCUGAAGAAGACUGGACUCCAAGCUGCUGCAGCUGAUCUCUGCUCUGCUGGACCUGAAGAUGUGUCCUGUGAUGUUUGCUCUGGGAGGAAGCUGAAAGCCGUCAAGUCCUGUCUGGUCUGUUUGGUCUCUUACUGUGAGGAACAUGUCCAACCUCAUCAUCAAUCUGCUGCUUUUAAGAAACACCAGCUGGUGGAGCCCUCCAAGAAGAUCCAGGAGAAGAUCUGCUCUCUUCACGAUGAGGUGAUGAAGAUUUUCUGUCGCACUGAUCAGCAGAUUAUCUGUUACCUCUGCACCAUGGACCAACACAGAGGCCAUGAAACAGUCCCAGCUGCAGCAGAGAGGAGGCAGAAGCAGAAGGAGCUGGAGGAGAGUCGACUAAACAUCCAGCAGAGAAUCCAGGAGCGAGAGAAAGAGGUGAAGCUGCUUCAGCAGCAGGUGGAGGCCAUCAAUGUCUCUGCUGAUGAAGCAGUGGAGAACAGCGAGGAGAGCUUCACCCAGAUGAUCCGUCUCAUCCAGAAAAGAAGCCUGGAGGUGAAACAGGAGCUGAGAUCCCGGCAGCAAACUGCAGUGAGUGAACUCAAAGAGCUUGAGGAGAAGCUGGAGCAGGAGAUCAGUGAGCUGAAGAGGAAAGACGUCCAGCUGGAGCAGCUGGCUCACACAGAGGACCACACCCAGUUUCUGCCCAGCUACCCCUCAGUGUCAGCACUCAGUGAGCCCACACACUCCUCCAGCAACCACACUGCUCCUCUCAGAUACUUUGAGGACGUGGCAGCAGCUGUGUCAGAGAGCAGAGACAAACUCCAGGACAUUCUGAGAGACACAGGGACAAACAUCUCACUGAGAGCCGCUGACGAGGAGCUGCUGCUGCUACAACCACCAAAACCACCAAAACCACAGCCAGAGAGCAGAGCAGACUUCUUACAGUAUUCACAGCAGAUCACUCUGGAUCCAAACUCUGUAAACAGUCUGCUGUUAUUAUCUGAUGGGGACAGAAAAGUCACUUUCACAUGGGAAGAUCAGCCUUAUCCUGAUCAUCCAGACAGAUUCACUGAAUGUCUUCAGGUUGUGAGCAGAGAGAGUCUGACUGGACGAUGCUACUGGGAGGUGGAGUGGAGAGGAAGAAGAGGAGUUAAUGUAGCAGUCACCUACAAGAACAUCAGCAGAGGAGGGAAUAAAUGUGGAUUUGGACAUAACAAUAAAUCUUGGGCUUUAGAUUGUGGCUCAAACAGUUUCAUAUUUCUGCACCGCAAUGCCAGAACUCUCAUCCCAGGUCCCUGGUCCUCCAGAGUGGGAGUGUACCUGGAUCACACAGCAGGGAUUCUGUCUUUCUACAGCAUCUCUGAAACCAUGACUCUCCUCCACAGAGUCCAGACCUCCUUCACUCAGCCGCUACACGCUGGAGUUUGGCUUUACGGUGAAGAAGGAGAAUCUGCAGAGUUUGUGAAACCUCAGUAGAGGACUGUCAUCAGAUCUCCUUGUGUAGUUUUGUAACGGAGCCUCCACAUUUCCUGAGCUCUCAGGACGACCAUGUUCAUUCUUGCACGAUUGUCCAGGAAGAAGCGGAUAGCAACUAUGGCAUUGGGAACAGGGAGCUGCUGGCUAUCAAGCCGGCCUCUGAAGUGUUGACUUCAGGGGUCCAAACAGUUUUUUCAUGGUUUGGAUGAAAUACAAAAUCCUCCCGAAAGGCAAAGUAUGCACUUUCAAUCAAUUGAUUUGACUUAGCACUGUCCUGUCACCAUGGGUCCAAGAACAUUAAUCCUGCUGCCCUCUUGUGACUAUUUGACUCUUCUCUUGAACCUUAGACCUUUGACAUGAUUCUGCCUCCCACCUGUUUGGUGGAGGCAGUCACCUGGGAGGCUGAGGAGAGAGUCAGAAGUGCUCUGGAGGGAUUAACAGUCCAGGGGAAGUGUCUAGGUAGCCGCCUGUCCAUGUCAGUGUCCCUCGGGUCAGCUGUCAUCCUGUUGGCCCACACCUCACCGUUCUCCCACCAUCCAGGAUCCAUGACGACGCUCUUAGUGGCACUUUUGGUGCCCAGCCAUGGAGAAGGACUAGCAGGACUUUCCAACUGAAAACUCCUUGUCAGCCGGUCCUGGUCUCCUGUGAACCUGGUCUGACAUUGCCAUGGACUUCAUCACUGAGUUUCUACUUUCUAAAGCCAUCAUAGUGUGGGACAGACUCUCCCAAUUUUUUCUUUAAGUUCAGCAGGGCUUUUUGUGAUAUUCUUGUGGUCUCUCCUCUUGCUAUCAUCCAGUCAGGCAGAGAGGCUCAGCCAAGAGCUGGAGAGUGGCCUUCUGAUCCUAACUGCCCCAAAUCCCUCAACAUGGCCCAAACACCUUAGAAUAGGCCCACCACUCUCUCUUGUGCUCCUCCAAAGGACUCGUGUCAUACUAAUGUGUCCCUGGUUACUAGCCUGUUAUUAUCGGCACUGGAGUCAGAGGUGGGAGUUCCUUCCAGUCUGGCUCCAGUCCAGCAUAGUCAUUGAGUCUGAGAAGGAGUCCGUCAGACUCUCUUCUGCUCUGUUUUAGUCUACAAGCAAGCAGCUGACUGAUGUUCCUGGUAAUCAUAUUAGCAUGUAGCAUCAUUGGUGUGUGAACCCCAAAACUCUUAGCAUGUAGCGUCACUGGUGUGUGAGCCUCAGAACGCUUUAGCAUGUAGCAUGAAGCACAGGUCACAGUUACAUGCUGCUGAGUGACAUCGGGCUCACUCUGCAAAUGGUAUUUAAUAAUCACUGCUAUCGGUAUUUGAUGUCAGGAAAAGUUCAGUUCUCAUGCAAGUCCUUUAAAAAAGUAGACUUGGAGCAUCUGCAUUUUACAUGUAUGAAUUACUUCUUUACAGCCUAUUCAUUUAUUGCUCAGUGUUUUGAACAGUGUUAUUUUUUCUGGCUGAUGUGUUGUCUGUACAAUGUUUGCACUUGUGUCUUAUUCAAUAGUUUU